GACUACUAUCGAAAAAGUGGAAAGACAAUGCUUCCGAUAAAAUGGAUGCCUCCCGAGGCGUUUCUGGAUGGCGUUUUCACCACAAAAACGGAUGUUUGGUCAUUCGGUGUUUUGCUGUGGGAGAUGUUUACGUUGGGAUACAUGCCAUAUCCUGGGCAGACGAACAGUGAUGUCAUGCAAUUUGUGUCGUCUGGUGGCCGCCUGGAUCCGCCAGAGAAAUGCCCAGCUCGACUAAACAAGAUCAUGAUUCUCUGUUGGAACUCUAUAGCCGAUAUUCGACCGACGUUUUCAGAAAUAAUUGAGCUUUUGGAUAUGUGCCUUCAGGAUGACGAGGUGCUGAACGCUCCCGUGGGACUCUGUCACUUUGCAAUGGCGGAAAGUUUCAAGGACGCUUCAACGUUGGCCAAGUCAUCAUCAUACGACGCAGACAAUCAAGAGAUCGAUACUACGCUUCAUUCCCCGUCCCCGUCAUCCGCAGCUGAGUUCAGGCCUCAAUUCGAGUCACAAAGUCGAGAACCGUUGUUAAUGGCUUCUCAAGACCAGUAGGGUGUCCGUAACAGUAUUCAUACACAAAAUUGGAACUUGAUUUGUGAGUACUGAUGUUCACAUAAUACGGUAUUGAGAUAUUCACUGACAAUUCGUGAUAUCCAGUGUAAGCAGUAUUAAUGCUGGUGAUUUGGAUUCUUAAUCUACAUGAAAAUACAAUGGUGCGAAUGAGCUUAAUUGACUCAUUGACUACACUGUGAUUUAAAAAAACAACAGUUUUGCUUGUAAACGCAAUUUAUCUUUAUCAUUCCGUAACUGUAACGUUAUCAUGCAGAAAUACGAAACGGAUCGCACAUUUGCUUUUUUUUUUAAUGUGACCUAAUAAAUAUAAACACACUCAUGUCUUGCAAGAUGUGCCACUCAUUUAGAGUAAAGGUUUUAGCUAUCCCAGCACCUUCGCAUGACAUGCUCUAGAAAACAGCCUUGGACGUUAGGAGAACCACCACUAUUUGGAAGCAACUGGAGUAAAUAUGAGACAGCGUAAGAUAGGAUGAGAAAACAAUUAUGUUUAUAUGAGUAUUCACUGAUUGCAAUUAAAUUAUGAAAGAAUCACUUCAAGUAUUGUGCAUGGUAUGCUGAGACGAUUUGCAAAGUGCUGAUCAGUGCUCUUUCAAGCGCUUUGCCAUGUUUAUAUUUAAAUUGCAUAUAUUUGUCAGCAGUGUUUGUAGAAAAGGACAAACGCGUUUAAAGCUUCAAAUAUAUUGUGUGCAAUGUGGGUCAUAUCCACGAAUUAAUUUCUUCAAGACGAAGUAUUGUUGUUGCUUUUGUCAAACGAAUUUGCUCAACAUGCGUGUGCCAUACACAAUAGGGGUGUGUUACUUGUUUAACAUUCCUAGUGUAUGAUAUCAUAAAGCAUGACAUGUGUUUUAUAUUAUUAUUUUCAAGAAUAUAUUUAUUUUUCGUUGAUUAAUACGCAUCAUUGGUGAUAAUAGAUACAAUACUUGUAUUAUUUGUUAGUAUAAAUUAAUACAAAUGGCUACCACAUUGCACGUGACAAUGUUACGUUAACAUAGUAAUUUAUAUACUAUUUAAUCUACACAAAUUAUUGUCUCUUGUCUCUCUAUCAUGCUCAGUAUUCUUUUACUCCCAAUAUUAUCCAUUAGUAGUAUUAUUCAGUGUGCUAUUUUUGCUGUAUUUUAACAUUUGUCAGUUUGAAUAUUCUUAAAGGAAA